UUAUUUUAUAACUUCUAUCUUCCUUGCAAUUGCAGAAAACACAUUUUCUUUCGAUUGUCAUCUGGUAUCACAGUCAAGUUAACCAGAUGGUUAUCUCAAUCCAACCUUCCAUCCCAUUUUUUCAAGGAAAUGGAUAUGAUAUUUGGAGCACAAAGAUGAAGACACUUUUUAUCUCCGAAGAUUUGUGGGAGCUUGUGGAUAAGGGUUAUGCAGAAGAUGAUAUUCCAAGAGAUACUAUAAGAGAUGUACGAAAGAAAGAUGCUAGGGCAUUGUUUUUUAUUCAACAAGCAAUUGCAGAAAGUAUUUUUCCUCAAAUUUCAAAGGCAACAAAGUCGAAGGAAGCCUGGAACGCUUUACAAACAAAAUAUCAAAGCAUAAUUAAGGUUGCGGCUCAAGAUGGAGAUGGUAGCCAAACUGACAUCACACCCAUGGAUGACCCUGUGUAUAAGGCGGCAGCAAAGGGGGACAUGACAGUCCUCGCCAAGAAAAUUUCUGAAUUUCAACUCCAAUUAAGCCCAAAGCAUAACACGAUACUCCAUAUUGCAAGCGAAUUUGGUCAAAUAGAGUGUGUGAAAUGGAUCCUUAGGUUGCCUUCAUGUUCAUCUCUACUGCAACGCCCUAAUAUGAAAGGGGACACUCCACUUCACCUUGCAGCAAGGGAAGGGCAUUCGGAGGUCGUGAAAGCUCUUUUAGAGGCUGCAAAAAAACCUCCUGUAGAUAUUGAAACUAGUGAUGGAGUAGAUAAGAAGAUGUUGAUCAGGAUGACAAAUAAGGAGAAAAACACAGCCUUGCAUGAGGCAGUGCGAUUUGAGCAUUCUGAUGUGGUGGAGUUAUUGAUUGAGGAGGACCCCGGGUUUCUCUAUGGUGCUAAUGAUUCAGGUAUGACUCCUCUUUACAUGGCUGCAGAGAGAGGAUUUACAGGCUUGGUGAAACUAAUCAUAGACAAAAGCGUGGAAGCUGGUACUUCACCCCCUUAUACUGGCUUCAUGUGUAGAACGGCCUUGCACGCUGCUGUAAUAUGUAAUGACCAAGAAAUGACAAAGAUGAUAUUGGGAUGGAAGCCAAACCUCACCAAAGAAGUAGAUAAGAAUGGGUGGUCUCCACUUCAUUGUGCUGCAGAGGGAGAUUGUGAUCCAGAAAUAGUGCAGCUAUUGCUAGAAAAAUCAGAAGAGAGUGUAGCCUACCUUAGGAGCAAAGAUGGGAACAAAACUGCCCUUCAUAUUGCGUCUUUCCACCAUCAUACAAAAAUAGUAGAGAAGAUUCUAUCUCACUCUCCUGGUUGUCGAGAGCAGGUUGAUGACAAAGGCAAUAAUGUUUUUCACUUUGCCAUGAUGAAAAGGGGAGACGAUGAUUCUAUGCCUAGUGAUGAUUACUUUGACAAUAAUUGGUUAAACGUCAGAGGACUUGUAAAUGAGAAAGAUGCUCAAGGAAACACACCCCUCCACCUACUCUCUUCUUACCAAAAUUUUGAUUUUGGUUUCAUACGGGGGCAUCAAGUGGAUAAGAAGGCGAACAACAAUGAAAACUUGACAGCUUACAACAUAAUUUUGAGGGCCACGGAGGACAUUUCAGGGAAAAAGGAUAUCAUCCAAGAUGUCUUGGAGUAUGUUAUGACUGAAAAUAAAUCUUCGGUUAUGGAGAAGCAUGAGAAGAAAUGGAAGAGAAAGAAAAGAAGCAAAGAGUACCGGGAGAAACGCACCUCUGAAUUACAAAAAGCGGGUGAAACCCAUUUGAUAGUUUCUGCGCUUAUAACAACAGUAACUUUUGCAGCGGGUUUCACCUUACCCGGUGGUUACAAGGAUGAUGAUGGCAAGGCAAUUUUAUCAAAGGAAGCAGCUUUCAUAGCAUUUGUUGUGACGGACACCAUAGCCAUGGUCUCCUCACUAUGUGCUGUAUUUCUUCACUUUUUUAUGACGACCGUGAGUGAAGAGGAGGAGAUUGAAAAGCACUUGGGUUGGGCCUUUUUUUUUACCAUGAUUGGCAUGGUAGCAAUGGCCAUCGCUUUCGCAACCGGCUUGUGCACUGUUUUACCAUAUUCCUCUGCCCUUUCAUGCCUCACUUGCAUCCUCUGCUCUUGCUUUUUCCUCUGCCUUAAAUUUGAAUUUCGAUAUUUUGGAGGUACGAUUGGGUACAUGGAAGUAAGAUCUUUGCUCAAAAAGAAAAUAGCCGCUUUGUUUAAGAAGCUGAAUAUGGGGUAUAAAAGAAAAGAAAAUGCAGAUGUGUAGAUGAGGGCUUUCGGAUCUUUGGAUGAGCUCUUUUUGAGAGGAGAGAGAGAACUGGCUCCACUGUCUUAUUUUUACAAUAAGUUUAUAUUGUAGUGGGAAUUAUAUUUUAGAUGUAAGUAGAGUAUCGAACUGACUUGUGUGAGCUGAAAGUCGAUGCAUAUGACUGUGGAUAUG